GUUCCUGGCAUGUGCCAUAAUGGCGACUUUCGGAGACAUCCGGACUGAACAUAAAAACAUUACUUGCGAAACACUGGAUCCGUCGUAUGUGGUGAUUCCUGUGUGUCGCCUGACGGAGCUGCGGCGUGGCAUUAUCGGAGCUAAUGUCCACAUGAAAUUCCUUAAACUACCAAUUCGGAAGGCGUCAGUCAACUUCAGCGUCUGGAGGAAACUCACCGGCUACCAUCCGUUCCUGUUUAACGUUACCUUGAACUUUUGCCACUACAUGAAGCACCCGAAUCCCCUUCAUGUCUUCUACUACUUCUACGGGGCCAUGUUGCCCUUCAUCAAUGUGAAUCACACUUGCCCCAUCAAUCACGAUGUUAUUCUGAAAGACUUUGUUUUGGAUGAUCAAAUGUUCUCCAAAGUUCCCCUUCCCAAAGGGAGCUACAUGUUCAUCAUCAAAUUCAUCACCGAGGGUGUGUGGAGAGGCACAGUUCACAGUUACUUGGACAUUAAUGUGGACGACUAAAAUCAAAUUAAGUCUGAUUUAAAUUGUUGUUUUGGAAAAUUAUAAAAUUUCCAUCACAGCUGAAUGCUAAACAAGCUUUGAGUGUUGCAUCUUUCCCCGCUAAAAAUGUAUUCAAAUUUCAUUAAGAUCAGUAGUAAAUACAAUAGAAUCUAUCGUGCGACACCGCAAGGCUAGCAGAGAUCAGUGA